AAAGUGAAUCUUUUUUUUGUGCUACUAUGUCUGGAACCUCGUUUGAAAGCCCCAAGAGAAAGACUCGUAGAGAAAUUAAUGUAGAAUACAGAAAACGUAAAAAGGAAAAAGAUAAAGCCCUUCAAGAUGAAAUUAAAAUUCUUCAAAAUGAGCUGAGCAGUGCCCAGGGUCAAAUUCUAAUUCUCAAAGAAGAAAUUUUAAGGCUUAGCAAGGAAAUAAGAAUUUUACAACAGAAAAAUAUUUUGCUACAGAAUGAGCAUAUUUUAGAUGAACAGAUGACUUGUGAUCUUGUCGAAAAACCAAAUGAUAGUUCGGAAAAGCUAGAAAAGCUCUUAGAAGAAAAAAGCAUAAAGCGAUACGACUUUUCUCAAUUUAGCAACCUUAAAAUUAUUGGAAGAGGAGGGUCGGCAAUUGUAUAUACAGGCGUUCAUAAAGGAGAACAGUACGCAUUAAAAACAUUAAAUAAUUUGUAUAUGGAUGAAAAGAUAAUGUUACAAUACGCUGACGAGGUGACGUGCCAUUCUUUAUUCCAUUUCGGAUUUUCAACGUCCAAACUAAUCAAUCUUACUAUAAAUUCAUUGCAUUUAGCUCAAACUUCAUUUUAA